UCACCGCAAAGAGACACCUCAUCUGGUCACUCGCCUCGCCCCUUAGAAAAACGUAGAGAAGAGAACCAUCCAUUACCAUUUCACAGAAUAUAUAUAUAUAUAUAUGUGUGUGUGUGUGUGUUUAUAAAGCCAAAAUUAUCACUUCAAUCCAUCUACUCCAUCAAAAACCAUUGAAUUCUCUCUCGCUCUCUCUCUUUCUCUUUCCCUUUUUCCGUCCCUUUCUCCAUCGAAUUCUUCCAAACAUCCCUUACAAAUCCUUCGAUUCUCCUGCCCUUGUCAGCAAUUUUCCUGAGGAACACUCCCCCGAGACUGCGUCUGAUCAGAUGUCCGUUCCGAUGUUCUUGAUUUUUGAUCUGAACAAUUGAUUCUUUGGGGGAUUUCGUCCUGGAUAGUUGACAGAUUUCACAUGGGUUUUGAGGAAUCUUGGGUUUCUAUGACAUGCCUGAUACUUGAAACUUUCCUGAACAGGACAUAAUUUAAGAUAAAUUCCAGUAUUUCAACCUUCUCCUCUGCCUAGCUUGGGCACUGCAAGGCAGUUAAGCAGUGCCCAUGGAUGCCUCAGCAAGUGGAACCCCAGCUAUCCAAUAUCACAAUAUUCCUGAACAAUCAAUUGCUGCUCUUGUCGCCGCUGCUGUACCAACAUUUCAACGACAACAACGGCAUUGUUUUGGGGAUGCAAGCCCUGGAGAUUUUCCGUUGUCUGCCAAUCCCUCGGUUGUUCUUCACGUUUUUACGGGAUGUAAUGUGGAUCCCCAUGAUCUUGCAAGACUAGAGGCAACCUGUUCCUUCUUCAGGAAGCCUGCACACUUUGCCCCCGAUCAUGAGCUGUCCUUAUCAGAGCUUGCUGCCCUGGACAUGUGCCAGAAAAGAGCAAUAUUCAAGCCAAUGACUGAAGAUGAACGCCAGGAUUUGAAGCAAAGAUGUGGGGGCUCCUGGAAAUUGGUCCUGAGAUUCUUACUGGCUGGAGAAGCGUGUACGAGGAGAGAAAAAUCACAAGCAAUAGCAGGACCAGGUCACAGCAUCGCCGUGACUUCAAAAGGAGUUGUUUACUCGUUUGGAUCCAACAGCUCAGGACAGCUUGGACAUGGCACUACUGAUGAAGAGUGGCGCCCUCGUCAAAUCAGAUCUCUUCAAGGCAUCCGUAUUAUUCAAGCAGCUGCUGGGGCUGGCCGGACAAUGCUGAUUAGUGAUUCUGGGCAGGUCUACGCCUUUGGCAAAGACUCAUUUGGCGAAGGCGAGUAUGGGAUUCAGGGAAGUAAGCAAGUUACCACUCCACAACUGGUGGACUCUUUGAAAAACAUAUUUGUGGUGCAAGCUGCAAUUGGGAAUUUCUUCACUGCUGUAUUGUCAAGAGAAGGAAGAGUUUAUACAUUCUCUUGGGGUAAAGAAACCAAACUUGGUCACCAAACAGACACAACUGAUCUGGAACCCCAUCCUUUACUGGGGGCACUGGAGAAUAUACCAGUGGUUCAAAUUGCAGCUGGCUACUGUUACCUUCUUGCUUUGGCUUGUCAAUCUAGUGGCAUGUCGGUGUACUCUGUUGGAUGUGGCUUGGGAGGGAAGCUUGGUCAUGGCACCAGAACCGAUGAGAAGUCCCCAAGAUUGAUUGAAAGGUUUCAGACGUUGAAUAUUCAGCCUGUUGUGGUUGCUGCUGGUGCUUGGCAUGCUGCUGUUGUGGGGAAGGAUGGAAGGGUUUGCACAUGGGGUUGGGGGCGUUAUGGGUGCUUGGGUCAUGGGAAUGAAGACUGUGAAUCAGUUCCGAAGGUGGUGGAUUCGUUGAAUAACAUCAAGGCUGUUCAUGUUGCUACAGGGGAUUAUACAACGUUUGUAGUUUCGGAAGAUGGUGAUGUAUACUCUUUCGGAUGUGGAGAAUCAUCCAGCCUGGGGCAUAACAAUGGUGAUGUUGAUGGACAGGCGAAUAGGCACUCAAACGUUCUGAGCCCGCAGAUAGUAACAUCCCUGAAGCAGGUGAAGGAGAGGGUGGUACAGAUUAGCCUCACCAAUUCCAUAUACUGGAACGCCCACACCUUUGCACUCACGGAAACUGGCAAGCUAUACGCAUUUGGCGCUGGCGACAAAGGUCAGCUGGGCGUGGAGCUGGCAGCGAACCAGACCGAAAGGGGAACUCCAGAGCGUGUCGACGUCGAGCUUGGUUAGUCGUCAAUGACACAGUAGUGUCUCUGACAUCAACAACUAAUGCCAGUGCUUUGGUCUUUUAUACCGUCUGUCAUCAUCUUAGGCAGCAUAAGAUGCCAGUGCUUUGCAUAUUUGGGUGUUCAUAUUUGCAUAUGUGUCUAUGUCUAUUCUGUAAAUAGAAAGGAUUGUGAAGAAUCGAUCAAGGUUAGGUUGGAAGGGCCUGAGAGAGAGAGCCAAAAUUAAUGCAUUGGUUGUUAUGUUAGGCUCGCAAACUCAGGCCUCAUCAAGGCUCAAGGCUCAAGCAGCAGCAUUGUAUAGCUGAUACAUUUGUUAAUGCUCAUUUUAUUUUAACUUAAUAAUAAUAAUGGGUUCUGUGGCUU